GGUGUAUACCCGGCUCAAGUGACAUCACUUUUUAUAAAGAGCUUCAAAGGUAAAUUACGUGUACUUGGCAUUGACAGACUUCGAAAGAUUACCAUCAACAAAGGAAGAGAAAAGAAGGCAGCUGCCGAUGUAAACGAGGUCAAGAGGCAAGGAUUCCCAGUGAUUCGUCGACAUGCUCGUCAUCUUACCUUUCCUUUUAUUGGCGCUUACAAGAUAUGGCUAUGGGCAACGAAAUUGUUCAGAUGACUGCACAAAAGCCCUCGGGAUGGAAGACAACAAAAUUAAAAACUCUCAAAUUAUCGUAGUACUUGUUUACAACGACGACUAUGCUAAUUUUGGUUCUCAAAAUGCGCGGCUGCACAACUCCCUUGGUUACAGAGGUGACCCACAGGUUGCUAGAGUAAGUAAUUUUUUAGUGAUCAAUUUCGACGAGGAAAUGGUAAUCACUGCCAUAGCAACUCAGGGUUUUGGAGACCCCAAGGUUAAUGAAUGGGUUACAAGCUUCCAACUGCUUUACAAAGAUUCCAAAGGUGAUCAGAAGUCUGUGAAAGGCACUGAUGGCCAGGCACUGGUAUUUCUUGGAAAUAUGGACGGUAAUACGGUAAAGCUGAACUCAUUGCCCAUUCCUGUACUCACGACGGUGGUUACUAUUAUACCACUCACUGCUAAUAAUAACGUUGGCCUAAGGCUGGAGCUUUAUGGCUGCAAAGGAGGCCAUUACUUUGUUGCUUGGUUGAUGUUAAAGGAGACUCUAUUUACUCUGGCUUACACGGAUCCUUUAAAUUAUGAAUAUGAAGAAGCCACAGCAACAGUCUUGGAUGAGAUCGAUAGAAUUCUUGGGACAUCCAGGGGAUUUCUUCGCGCUCGUAUAAUAGAAUUAACCCCACAAACGUCUACAUCUAUGGCUACAAUGGUUACUGCCAUGGUAGAAAUCCACUGUUUACGAUCAAGUGAACCAGUCCUAUUGGCGAAGCUUAAAACUGCUUUGGAGGAAUUCGAAACAGUUUUUGAACCAAGCUACAUCAAGUUUCAGUAUCCAAAACGAUGUGGCUGUACACCGCUAAAGGCAAAGGUUAAACUUAGAAAAACGAUCAAGACCGCUGAGGUGCAUAGACGUUCGCAGAUGCUCAGAUUUCCUGUUGAGCUAGAAAACUCGUGUCAAUCUAGCGGAUCAAAAUUCUACUCCUGGACGGUCUCAAAAAUAGACAAAGAAACUGGCUUAUUUGGUCCCUUACUCAAGUUAGGGAAAAAAAUGUGGUUCUUUUUACCUCUACGUAUGAUAGGCGUUGGAUAUGCUUACAUCCAAUGUUUGGUGGAGAUUUCCGGUAAUACUGGCUCCAUAGCUUACGACUACGGAUACAUAAGAGUCGUUCGAGAUCCCCUCGAGGCACGUAUCACUGAUAUAUCCGAUUCAUCUUCAAAAAUCAUAUUAAGUGGAAAGGAAUCUCGUGAUACUGGCAACAGGAGGUCUGGAACACGAGGUCUGCGGUUUGCUUGGUUUUGCAGGCUCGGAAACGAAACCUUUUCGCAUGAGGUUGAGCUUGUUGUGGACAGGCCACUUGGUAGAACUAAGAGUAACUCAGGAUGUCUGGGAUUUGGCCCUGGUAGACUCACCUCUACGGGUGAAGUAUUAACCCUGAAUAUAACGGAUAUGAUCAAAAGCAAGAUGUAUAUCUUCAAGCUCAUUAUCGAGAAAGACGUCAGGAAUGCAAGUGCUGUAUAUGAAUUUACUGUAAAGCCUGUCGUGUCAAUCAGCGUAAGGUGCUUAUCAAAUUGUGGUCAAAAAGUCACCCCGCAAGAUUAUCUUCUGUUAGAGGCUCACUGCGUGGGAGAUUCGUGCAGCAGAGUCUCAAAAUACGAGUGGAGUGUUCAUUUAGUUAACCAAGAGGACCUCUCCGUUCAAGAGAUCCAUCAUAAACGAAUUUAUCCGCAAAUGAACAGCCAACGUUUUUUGAUGGAAGAUGUUUCCAAAUUACAAGACGACAGAAAUAAACAAAUUAUCUACGUCGUUAAAGCCGUGGCUAAACUGGACGAGAAAACGCAGUUUGAAGGAAAGUUUACCUUUGUAGUUAACUCACCUCCUAGGAAAACUCCAAAAACCAGAUGUCACGUCACACCGAUGGAGGGUGAAGCAGUUUUAACAGAUUUUAUAAUCUCAUGUUCGGGCUGGAAUGACGAAGAUAAACCGCUUAUUUACGAGUUCAGGUAUCAGGACAAAUACGGCAUGGUCCUUAUUCAAACUGGACGUCUGAACAGAGUAAUUACGAAACUUCCGGUGGGAAAAGCCACGGAGGAUUAUUCGCUGGUUCUUGAGGCCCAAGUAGGCGACUCAUUUAAAGACUUCACUGAAACCCGUCUUCUGGUUAAGGUACGUCCACCCAAGCAGUCUGAAUUAAAGAAUGGACUUGUUGACAAGCAGCUUAACGUCAUCCGGGACUUGGUGCAAGCUGGUGAUGCUGACCGAGCAACCGAACUUGCAUUUAUGUUGAUGUCAACUGUGAAGGACUUUAGUGAUGAAUCAUUUGAGGAAAAAUCGAGUUCCAUUUUACACGACAUGAAAGAUUUAAAAGUAAAUAGCGUGGUUCAUGUUACAAAAGUCACGGCUGUGGUUGCCUGGGCAACGGAGGAUAGGAAAACUGUUCCCAUGUCUUUGCGAGCUAACGCGUUGACCCUCCUGACUGAAGCCACAGACUUCAUGGCGUUACAGUUCACUUCAAACAGUACCCACGAUUCCCAGCUUGCAAAGAAUGUUAGCUCUGGUCUCCUCAAUAGCAUUGGAAGUAUUUUAAACAUUUCCUCAAGAGAUGCCAAAGUAGAAACAAGAGACAAUUAUGUAAAAGAAAAUGGAAAGGAAACAACAAUGAAGACAAUGGAAUUAAUCAGAAAAGUCGGCGAAGUCCUCCAUGUUACUGACGAUAACCGCCAAAAUAAAACAGUGGUAAAAUCUAACUUUGUUGACAUAGUGAUCUAUAGAGAAAAAUCGGAAGAUCUCAGUGGGAAGAAUAUUAGCGAGAGUGGAGCUAGUGUUGUCAUACCUGACUCGAAGGAUGUAUUUCCCAACGCAAACGAGAGUGUCACAAUACAGAUGAUGACAUUUAAAGAAAAUCCUUACACGUGGGAUAAGACUGCAUUGAGUAUCAAAUCAUCUGUUAUUGAUAUCACCCUAAAAGGUGGCGCGGGCUUUGAAGUACAAAUAAACAAUCUCAGCCAGCCGUUCGUACUGCAUAUACCUUAUAGGGAAACAAACAGAGACUUGAAAGCCGAGAAAGAAAAACGACCAUUGUUCUUACAACCAGGAAAAUUUCGAUACCACGCUCUUGUUAUCCCUACAGAAAACCACCUUGUGUCGUUGAGGAUCGCCACCGUCGGAGAUCACCAGCUAGCUAUUUACUUCGGGAGAGAAUUUAAACCUACUGUCAGCAACUACACUUUUGUCAAUAACUUACCAGAUGUAUCCUCCUGCUACGGCAAUAACAGUCUCAGGUUGACGAACUGCAGCGAUGAUAUUCAUGCUCUCAAACUUAUUGGAUAUCCUCCUGGUCUUUAUUAUGUUGGUAUCAUAAGAGUUCCUCCUACUUCCAGAUUCCGGAGGUCAUGCAUUAAUAAAGGAAGGCGUGCAAAGAGAUCCUGCGUUCAGGUUAAGGAUCCACCCACCACACCACCCCCAACUCCUAGAAUUAUCACAAUGCGAUAUAAUGCGACAACAGACGUUAACUACACUUUCUCCGUAAAUAUAGCGGCGUGUUUGUUUUGGUCGGAGCGAGAAGAGAGAUGGUCGAGUAAAGGAUGUCAGGUUGGCCGUGGAUCAAAGCCUGGAAGAGUCCACUGUCUGUGCAACCAUUUGACGUCAUUUGGCGGAGAGUUCUUCGUGGCCCCAAAUCCUAUUGACUUUGACAAAGUUUGGGAAGAGUUUGGCAGAUUAGGAGCGACAGGAAAUUAUGCUGUGUUGGCAACAGUUUGCAGCAUGUUAUGGUUUUAUUUCGUUGGUUUGGUAUUUGCACGAAGAGCUGACAAAAGAGACGAGUUGAAGGUGAUUGCGGAGUUUGACCUCUCCAGUCCACAGGAUGGUAACCACACGUAUGCCAUUUCGAUACAAACUGGCGCCUGGCGAAACUCUGGAACGACAGCAAACGUGGGACUAGUAUUAUUUGGCGAAGAGAGCGUCUCAAAUCCGAUUUUUUUUGCACAUCAACACUUAGAAAGGAUAUUCUUUGCAAGGGGAAGCGUGAACACAUUCACCUUGUCUCUUGCGAAGUCUUUAGGUUCCCUUUAUAAGGUAAAUGUAUGGCACGACAACUCUGGAAAAAAUCCAUCAUGGUUUCUUCUCGAAAUAACCAUAGAAGAUCUCAGAACAAGAGAAAAAUGGCAUUUUGUUGCUAAUAGGUGGCUUGCUGUUGAGAAAGGCCUUGGGGAAAUAGAGCUGGAGCUACGAGCUGCUUCAAAUGAAGACCUAUUGCAGUUCAGGAACGUAUUUCAUUCACGUACCCAGCAAGCCGUGGGAGAUUCCCAUUUGUGGUUUUCCUUGUUUACUAAGCCACCUCACAAUCAAUUUACGCGAUGUCAAAGACUUUCCUGUUGCAUGUCAGUGAUAUUCUGUGCCAUGGUAACGGGAGCAAUGUUUUAUCGCUUUGGUGCCCAAGCCACUGAUACCUUUCACCUUGGACCGCUAAAGUUAAGUUGGACAGAAAUAAAGAUAGGUAUUCAAAGUGGCCUUGUGGCUAUACCGGUCAAUUUCCUGGUUGUAACCAUCUUUAGGAACUCAAAGUACAGUGGAGAUCAAGGAACGUCUUCAGGAUGCUUACCACACUUCUGCAUUUACAUUGGCUGGGUCCUGUGCAUAUCUGCAAUGUUUGCAAGCGCUGCAUUUACUGUCUUCUAUAGUCUAUCUUGGGGUGCUGAGAUCUCUAACCAAUGGCUUGUGUCGAUGACAUUGUCUUUUUUUCAAGACGUGUUACUCGUUCAACCUUUCAAGGUGUUAUGUAUUAUUUGUUUACUUUCCAUGGUCGUAAGGAAGCCAGUAAACCAUGAAGAGGUGUGCCAAUCACAAUAUCAACCUGAACAUCAUUCUGUUCGCACUGACGAGUUAAAACAAGAAGCAAGGAUUUUAAAAAUGGACGAAAUUGAAGACGCGCGCCGAAAGCGGCACAGGGAAGUGAAGUCAUUUCGUGCCAUUGUGGAAAUUUAUUUUUUUAUUGUAUUCAUCUCACUCUUUAUGAUCGUUUGCUACGGGAAUAGAGACUCCUUGAGGUAUAGUGUCACAAAAUCUGCGGAAGAUCUUUUCAAAGGCUUUGCAAAGGUUAAUGACAAGUAUUCUUUGUGGAACUGGGUGAGGAGUACAUUUGUCCGCGGACUGUUUGACACCCGUUGGUACAAUGGUGAACUGUUCGACUAUGAGGAGGGUUUCAUUGCCAACAGAGAAAAUUUUCUGGUCGGAAUGCCAAGACUUAGACAAGUGCGUAUACUCCCAGAAAUGUAUUGUGACGUAUACAACCAAGUAGAAGGACUAGUUUUUCCACGAUGCUUGCCCUUGUAUGACACUCAUGAAGAAGAUACUACACCAUAUUACAAACCUGGGUGGAUACCAGUCAGCAACUUUUCUGGGUUUGCAAGCAGUGACGAUGAAAUAAAUCUGUUGUGUCCAAAACCGUGGCAAUAUAUAACUGCGGAUUUACUAGGUACUGUUCCAUUCAAAGGUAAAAUGGCUACGUACGGAGGUGGUGGGUACGUAGCAAAUCUAGGUUACAACUCUGAAUCAGCUCUUGCUGUGAUUAAUAGCCUGGAAGAGAACAGAUGGAUAGAUGACAAAACAGCAGCUGUUUUUAUUGAAUUCACCGUGUUUGAUCCUUCGACGUCCUUAUUUGGAGUUGCGAAAUACGUUUACGAAAGAUUACUCACAGGAGGCGUUCUUACAAGCAGUAACGUGAAAGCGAUUACUGUAUAUUUACCUCAUAGCUCCAACAGUUUCAGGUUGUUUUAUCUUCUAUCUCAAGCACUACUUAUGCUGAUCAUCGUUGGUUUCGCAAUUAUGGAGAUGGUAAAAGCAUUUCGCGGGGGUCACUCGUAUUUCAGGCAAUUUUGGAGCUGGGCUGAUAUGUUGCUAUUAUUUGUCUCGGCCGCUGGGAUAGGAAUAAUGUUUUAUAAGGAGAAGUUCAUGCGAGAUUACGUGACCAACGUUCGCGAAAAUCCGUAUGACAACUGGAGCACAGAUCAUAUUGUACUAUGGUCCGAAAUUGAAGAUUAUCUUCUUUCAGUAGUGAUGUUUUUAGCGACAAUAAAAUCUCUGCGACUUAUUCGUUUUAAUCAUCACAUUUAUCAAAUGAGGUUUACUCUUAGAAGCUCACUGACUCCACUUUGCUCUUUCAUGGCGAUAUUUCUUGUCGUUGUCGUAUCAUUUGCCUCAUUUGGUCUGCUGUCUUUCGGAUCUUCGAUUGAUAACUACUCUUCUCUACCCUUAGCAGUUGGAUCACUGCUUCAGAUGCUCAUUGGCGGUAGGUUUUCAUAUUAUCAACUCAAGUUCGCAGCCGACGGUUUUUUGGGUCCUCUAUUUCUUUUUCUGUAUCUGAUGACUUCAAUGGCUGUGGUGCUCAAUACAUUUGUGGCAAUUUUGAACGAGUCGUAUUCAACGUCGAGGAUAGAGAAAUCAAAAGAUAUAGAUGACAUUGAUUCCGUUGAAUUGGCUCAGUACUUGAUGUCUUGUAUAAAAUCGUGGAUUGGUUUUUGUCGCAGUUUUUACGAGUUCUUAAAAGAAAGUGUGAAAUGCAGAAGAGUAUUCACUCCUCAAAAGCCUGUUAAUGAAUAUCAUUCAGUACCUUCCUCCAAGACGAGCCAUUUGGUUCCAAGGCUAGCAUCUAUGGAAAGCUUAAAUGAGAUCGAAGAAGACUUAUCAAAGUUAUCACUUGUGGAUGAUUUGCUAUCUAAUGUGCAAGCACGUUUAAGACGAAUAUCUGAACAGACACUACUUGAGGAAAGUCUCUAUACACUCCAAACGACCAAUGAAAGCAAAAACUCUUCAGAGUAUAAACUUGACUUUGAAAGUGAUUCCGACAGUUUUCUUGAAGUAGUUGGAUAUCCUUCAUCUGCUUCUUCGACGUUAAAUUUUGAUGAUAUUUUUUCAUUUCAUGGUUUGUCGGAAAGUGAUAUAUCAGAAACUCGUUUAUAACUUGAAGCGAAGGAUUUUAUCUUCUUUAGGGAUUCUAUAGCCGAAAAUGAACUUUGAAGCAUUAUCUAACAGUGUUUUGAUGACCAUUUGAGAUAAUUUUUCAUUUUGCUUCCUCACUUGAGAACCAGCAUCAUGGACAGACAAGAUAAUGCCACACAGUUUGAAAAAAAAAAAGGAACACUAAAGUGAGCUCGUCGUUGACAUCGUUGCUUUCUUUUCGCAAUGUCACACCUUCAAGGAAACAGACACAACAUGCCUUCGUCCAAGAUGAAAAUUUGAAUAUGAAUUAUAUAUUGUCAUUGUUAGUAAAGAAAACACGGAUAUCUUAUUACAAACUAAUAACAUAUAUUGUAU